UGUCCGGUAAGAAAAUCCCAUUAGCAGAUGGACUUAGCAGAAACGCCAGUCCGGAAACAAGCCCAGAACUUAAUGAGGGUAUUGAGGCACACGUUUGCAUGGUUAUCUCAUCUUUACCCGUGUCAGAUAGAAAACUUGAGGAAAUCAGGUUACAAACAAAACAAGAUGAACAAUUAUGUACAUUACAACAAACAAUAAAGUUUGGUUGGCCUAAGUACAAAAAGGCUUGUCAUCAGAUAAUUGCUGCCUUUUGGAACUAUAGGGAUGAGUUAUCUGAGGUUAAUGGUUUAAUAAUGAAAGGAGAAAAAAAUCGUUAUGCCCAGGUCACUCAGAUCUGAAAUGUUAAAGGUGCUGCAUUCCAGUCAUCUGGGUGCGCAAAAAUGUCUUAGUAGAGCAAGGUCAAUAAUGUUUUGGCCGGGAAUUUCAAAUGAUAUAAUUGAAAUGGUAAAUCAAUGUCAGAUUUGUCUGGAAUACAGGUCAUCGCAACAGAAGGAGCCAUUAAUCAGCUCUGAAAUCCCAGACUAUCCGUUUCAAAUUGCAGGGUGUGACUUGUUCUCACUUAAUGAGAAAAAUUUCAUGGUCAUGUCCGAUUACUAUUCUAGGUAUCCCAUAGUUCAUGAACUUUCGAACAUAAAAAGUUCAACUGUUAUUUCCCACAUGAAAGAUAUCAUGUCACAUUGGGGCAUAUGUGAGAAAAUAGUCACUGAUGGGGGUCCAUGUUUUUCUAGUCAAGAAUUUGAGGAGUUUUCAAGGUCAUGGGAUUUUGUACAUGUAAAAUGUAGUCCAUAUCAUAACCAAACAAAUGGUUUGGCUGAGGCGAUGGUUAAAGUUGCCAAACGUAUACUUAAAAAGGCAAAAGAUGAUAAUUCUGAUCCGAGAAUAGGAUUUUUAGAAUAUCGUUCUACUCCUCUCGCUGAUAUAGGAAAUUUCAGUCCAGCGCAGUUAGUCCAAUCACGACAACUUCGUUCUAUCCUUCCCACUGUAAGGGAAAACCUUAUACCACAAGUACCGCCCCCUGAUGUUGUCAAACAAAAAAUCGCAGAAUCCAAGGUCAAAUCUAAGCAUUACUAUGAUAAAAAUGCUAAACCUCUGUCUCCCUUAAAUGUUGGAGAUUCCGCUAGAAUUCAACGUCUAGACAAGUCCUGGAGUCCCGCUGUUGUAAUAAAAAAUCACAGCGAUAGGUCCUAUAUUGUUGAAACAGAAAACGGACAACAAUAUCGCAGAAAUCGUAAAGAUUUGUUGAAAUCUAAAGAAUCGCCUUUAUUGACACAUGGUGCUUUGAAUUCUGGCCUUGAAAUGUCAGUUAAUGACAGAAUGAUUAACGUAGGGUCAGAGCGUACCGAUAGCAAUAAACAGCCUGUGGUUUUGAAUCCUCCGGAUAAUGCUAAUUAUUUCACUCGCGCAGGCAGAAAGGUGAAGCCACGUGCUGUAACAGACUUGUAAAUAGACAGUGAUUGUUUGUAAUGAAGAAAUUUACAGUAUUAAUCAUGAUUAGUACAUGUUGUAAACGACUCAUGAUAAUGAACAUUUAUUAACUAUAUGUUACUGUAAUCAUCAUCUAAUAUAAAGUCUUUCUUUCUUGAAUUUAUUUAAGCGUUAUUCAAAUAAUCUAUGCGGUUAUACUUAUGAUAAAAUUAUGUUUAAAUAUAACAGUAAUUUUGUAAAAGAUGGAAGAUGUAGCAUGAUGAGUAAACUGUAACAUGAUACUCUAGGUGCGUACAGCUCCUUUAUAAUAGAGAGUUCCCUAGAUCUUAAUAUACUACCAUCGCGGACACUGAUAUGUAAACACAUGUAUCAUAUAAUAUAGUUUAGAUAAUAAACAUAGUUAGAGCACA